GGGCUGGAGCAAUGAAUCUAUUUGAAGUGGCUCAUUUUGUACCGGAAAAACCUAUGUAUGAACAAGGAUUGAUUUUACUUCCCCAUCUAGCGACUCUAGGAUGGGGAGUCGGUCCUGGUGGGGAAAUCGUGGACACUUUUCCCUAUUUUGUAUCCGGGGUACUUCACUUAAUUUCUUCUGCAGUUUUAGGCUUCGGUGGUAUUUAUCACGCACUAAUUGGACCCGAAACUUUAGAAGAAUCUUUUCCAUUUUUUGGUUAUGUAUGGAAAGAUAGGAACAAAAUGACCACAAUUUUAGGUAUUCACCUAAUCUUGCUAGGUGUUGGUGCUUUUCUCCUAGUGUUUAAGGCUUUGUAUUUUGGUGGCAUAUAUGAUACUUGGGCUCCCGGCGGUGGAGAUGUAAGAAAAAUUACGAACCUUACGCUUAACCCAAGUACUAUAUUUGGUUAUUUACUUAAAUCCCCUUUUGGAGGGGAGGGAUGGAUUGUUAGCGUUGACAAUCUAGAAGAUCUAAUUGGAGGACAUGUGUGGUUAGGUUCCAUUUGUAUCUUCGGUGGUAUCUGGCACAUCUUAACAAAACCUUUUGCGUGGGCUCGCCGCGCGUUUGUAUGGUCCGGAGAAGCUUACUUAUCCUAUAGUUUGGCGGCUCUCUCUGUCUUUGGUUUCAUUGCUUGUUGUUUUGUUUGGUUUAACAAUACAGCUUAUCCCAGUGAAUUCUAUGGACCUACCGGCCCAGAGGCCUCUCAAGCACAAGCAUUUACUUUUCUAGUUAGAGACCAACGUCUUGGAGCUAGUGUGGGGUCUGCCCAAGGGCCUACUGGUUUAGGUAAAUAUCUUAUGCGUUCUCCUACUGGAGAAAUUAUUUUUGGAGGGGAAACGAUGCGUUUUUGGGAUCUUCGUGCUCCCUGGUUGGAACCUCUAAGAGGUCCUAAUGGUUUGGACCUGAGUAAGCUGAAAAAAGACAUACAACCUUGGCAAGAACGACGUUCAGCAGAAUAUAUGACUCAUGCUCCUUUAGGUUCUUUAAAUUCUGUGGGUGGUGUAGCUACCGAGAUUAAUGCGGUCAAUUAUGUCUCACCUCGAAGUUGGUUAGCCACCUCUCAUUUUGUUCUAGGAUUUUUCUUUUUCGUAGGUCAUUUGUGGCAUGCAGGAAGAGCUCGUGCAGCUGCAGCAGGAUUUGAGAAAGGAAUUGAUCGUGAUUUUGAACCUGUUCUUUCCAUGACCCCUCUUAAUUAAACCAGAGAUAAAACUAGAUAUUAUCUUUAUUGAAAGGCGGGAUAGUUAUAUCCUUUGUCAUUAUUCUUCCAGCUGAAUCCUUGUUGCUCGGCUAUAGAAUAUAGCCGAGCAUUUUUUUGGUACUGAACUAAGUUCUAUCUAGGAUUUUUCUUUUUUGUAAGUUAGGUUUAGUUGUUCGAUGAACAAAAGGAGAGAGAGGGAUUCGAACCCUCGAUAGUUUUUGAACUAUACUGGUUUUCAAGACCAGAGCCAUCAACCACUCGGCCAUCUCUCCCGAAUUAGCAUAACUCAUUUUAUGCUGACAGAUAAUAUCUGUCUAUAGGGCUAUCAGUGAUAUAUAUAUAUAUAUAUAUCAUGAUGAUAAAAAUAAAAUUGAUUCUUUUAUACUAAAAGAAAAAUUUGAGAAUUUCGAUUUAUUUAUGAUCAAAUAAAAAUCCGUAGUGCAUUUUACUCAAAAUUGACCGGAUAGGGAUCGAAUGGUAUAGCCUUUUGAAUCUGUUGGAAACUUUUUAAGAUCACAACCAUGACUAUUGCGUUCCAAUCGUCUGUGUUUGCAUUAAUUGCAAUUUCAACUCUACUAGUGAUUGGUGUACCUGUCGCACUUGCCUCUCCUAAUGGUUGGUCAAGUAACAAAAAUGUACUAUUUUCCGGCGUAUCAUUAUGGAUUGGAUCAGUCUUUUUAGUAGGUAUUCUAAAUUCUUUCAUAUCUUAAGAUAUGUUUUAAGAUCUUUUGGGUUUCAAAUUUCCCUCUCCCCCCUCUCUAGGGGGCAUCAUAAAUUAUUCACAAGGGAAUUUACGAUAAAUUUGAAAAAACCAGGUAAUGAGAGUAUUCAAGGGAGAGGUUUUUUUUAUUAGUAUGAUUGAUAAUUGAUCAAUCAGUCUAUUCAAAUUGAAAAAUUGACCUACAUAGAAUGGUAAUAUAUGGGUAUAUAUUAUACCCAUAUAUCGAGUCAAAUGCGGGUAUGGUUGAAUGGUACAAUUUCUCCUUGCCAAGGAAAAGAUGCGGGUUCGAUUCCCGCUACCCGCCCAUCUGUAGUAUAGAAUAGAAUUAUGAAUUAGUUAUUCGUUUAGUCAUAUUUUUUAUCUUCUUUAUACAUAAGGCCAAGAUAAAUGGGAUGAACCAUCCUUUUUGGAUAUAAAAACUUAUUGUGUCUUUGCGGAGACGGGAUUUGAACCCGUGACUUCAAGGUUAUGAGCCUUGCGAGCUACCAAACUGCUCUACUCCGCGCUAUCCCCUCAUAUUACCUUUGUUAUAAUACCCCAAAAUGGGUACAUCGAGCAAUCCCUUGGGUAUGCUAUUCUCCCUCCUAUAUAGGGAGGGAGGAUAGCAUAAUAAUAACUUUAAGCAAUUUUUUUGAACCUACCAACUCGAUUUGGUCACCCCAGCCAACAAACAUGCGUGAGCCAUUUCACGGAUUAUAUAUCCGGAUAAUUCAAAGUCUCUAUAAUUGGCUCUGGGUCUUCCAGUCUUCAAACAACGUCGACGAAGACGUGUAGGUGCACUAUUACGCGGUAGAGAUUGUAAUUUUCUAUAAAUAUCCAAUUUAUCAUCCAGUGAUGAGACUUCGCUCAUCUCUUUUUUCAAAGAUUGGCGAAGCAAAUUAUAUUUCCUUUCCAAUCUUUGUUUCU